GGUUCAACCUUGAUGUGGUAAAAAAGGAUGGAGUAAGAAAGGAGGAUGAUGAUAAGCGUCGCUAUCGCCUUAUCCCUAGGUCAUUUAGUAAUUGGCUACAGGCCUUUGCUAUUUUGGCAAGUGUGAUUGGGGAGAAGAGUCCGGAAUGCUGUUCCCCUUUAUUUUGCUAUCUGGAUGCUAUUGGGGAAGCCUAUAGAGUGUAUGGGGGUUCCGGGUGGUUACGGUAUGACGAGCAGUUUCGUCAGAGGAAAGCGGUCCGUCCUAAUAUGAGAUGGGACCAUAAGGACAUUGCGUUAUGGAUGAGGGUGACAGCGCCAGGUAGGAGUGGUCAGUCCUUUCGGAGUGAGUCAGGGGUUGGGGUACAGCAAGGUACAGGGACGCCCCCAGUUGGAAGAGGAUACUGCUUCCUUUUCAAUGAGGGAAGUUGCAAAUUCGGCCAAAAAUGCAAAUUUAGGCAUGAAUGUUCCGUGUGUGGCGGGGGCCAUGGGGCUAGCAGAUGUUUUAGAGGGGGUAGACAAAGGGGGGGGGAUAGUUUUGCAAAAGGGGCAGACCCCAGUGCGAGUGGAAAGGAUGGUGGGGCAUCUAAAUAGAUAUCCGAACCAGGAGUUAGCUGAAUUUUUGUAUUCAGGGUUUAAGUUCGGUUUUCAUAUACCUUCACACCCGUUACCAGUCUUAGAGAAGCGGAAGAAUUUGCGCUCGGCAUUGCAGUUCCCGGACAUAGUGACAGGAAAGUUAGCUAAAGAGGUUUCCCUAGGGAGGAUGGAUGGUCCGUUUGUUACAUCACCCAUCAGUAACUUGCGAGUUUCCCCUUUGGGUUUGAUCCCUAAGAAGGAGCCUAAUAAAUUUAGGCUCAUCCACCAUUUAUCAUUCCCUAAGGGUGCGUCGGUCAAUGAGGGCAUUGACCCGGAACUUUGUUCUGUGGUUUAUGCCUCCUUUGAUGCGGCUGUGGAGUGGGUAAGGAAGCUGGGUCCGGGUACCCUGUUGGCAAAAUGUGACAUUGAAGCGGCAUUUCGGUUGUUGCCAGUUCACCCGGAUAGUUUGUAUUUACUGGGUUGUUUUUGGAAUGGCGCUUAUUUUGUGGAUAGGUGUUUGCCAAUGGGCUGUUCAAUAUCGUGUGCAUAUUUUGAGCGUUUCAGUUCUUUUCUGGAGUGGGUGGUGGUUCAGGAAUCAGGUUGUCACUCUGUCAUUCAUUAUUUGGAUGAUUUCCUGUGUUUGGGGCCGGGGGGAUCCAGGGUUUGUUCGUUGUUGUUAUCCACAUUACAGUCUGUUUUUGAGUGUUUUGGAGUCCCGUUAGCGGUGGACAAAACGGUGGGGCCGGCUACUGAGCUAAGUUUUUUGGGUAUUGUCAUAGAUACACAGCGGAUGGAGUGUAGGCUACCAGUAGACAAAGUGUCAGAUUUAAGAACAGAGGUGGCGGCGGCAUUGACAGCAAAAAAGAUUCGUCUGCGGGACCUGCAGUCUUUGUUGGGCAAAUUAAAUUUUGCAUGCAGAAUCCUACCUAUGGGCCGCAUUUUUAGUAGGAGGUUGGCUUCGGCGACAGGAGGGGUGGUGUCUCCCCACCAUUUUAUUAGACUAGGCAGGGAGUUGAAAGGGGAUUUGAAAGUUUGGGAUUCCUUUUUAAAACAGUUUAAUGGCAGAGCAUUAGUUAUGGGGGGGGUGGUUGAUGCGUUUGAUUUCGAAUUGUUUACGGAUGCUGCGGGUGGAGCGGGUUUUGGGGCGUACUGUGAAGGGCAGUGGUGUGCGGGUCGGUGGCCUGAGUCCUGGGUACGAAAAGGGUGGGUAAAAAACGUGGCAUUGUUGGAACUCUUCCCCAUUGUGUUGGCAGUCACGCUCUGGGGGGAGAAGUUUCGGCACAAGAAGGUUCGUUUCCAUUGUGACAACUUGGGAGUUGUGCAAGCCAUCAACAGGGUAACGGCUUCUUCCCCCCCAGUUAUUUGCCUAUUGCAGCAGUUGGUUCUCCGGUGUUUGUCCCUUAAUGCUUGGGUGUUUGCGGUGCAUGUGCCUGGUUCCUCUAACUGUAUAGCUGACGCACUUUCUCGUUUUCAGUGGGAGCGGUUUCGCCAGCUGGCCCCGGAGGCGAGUCAGGUCGGAUUGGUGUGUCCAGAGUCGUUGUGGGAGAUCCUGGAGGUGAUGCCCCGUUAUUAGUUUGGAUCCUGGGCCAUUCGUUCGUGUUCUGGGGGGCAUUACGAGCGGAUGUUCGGCAGAAUGGGCGGCAGCUGGGGUUUGAUCGGGGGACAGCCAUAGUAAGAUGGAUCGGACGCAGAGGUAUGGUGUGGGGUAAUGUUUUGCAGGAGGUUCAUCGGCAAGCCAGGUUAGAUAGAGUCCCAGAUAUCUUGGUGUUGCAUGUUGGGGGAAAUGACCUAGGGGUCCGACCUUGCAGAGAGUUGAUCAGGGAUAUACGUUUUGAUUUUUUGCGUUUGUGGUCCCUCUUCCCGUCAGUUGUCACUGUGUGGUCGGACAUUGUCCCCAGGAAGGUCUGGAGGGAGGCGAGAACGGUUGAAAGGCUGAAUAAGGCUAGGAUUAA